AUGGACGACAGAUGGGUGCACAACAAAACCAACACCGCCUACAUUUCGCGACGGAACCUUCUCUCCACGAAUGACGAGUGUACCGUCAUUCAUCUGUCGUACGUCGCUCCUUCUGCACUUGGUCUCCUGCAGAGCAAUCACGUGAAAUUUGAUACGCUCUGCAGCUCCGAGAAGGGCAUGCAGCUAGGCUUCCGAUUCCGAGAAGUCGGAAUGUCGGAUGUGUCGAACUCCUUCUCAGCUUGGGAGACCCUGCCGGAGGACGAACCUCCGCUGUACAUCGCAGUUCGACGCCCAGUGUCACCUCCACGCCACUAUGAGGCGGUGGCGGUGAUUUAUCAUGACUUCCAUGUGCUUGUUUCUGUGGCGAAGCGUCAUUCAUCUGGUAUCCCGGAAGUUCUGCAUCCGUCUGACAUGCACAGUGAAAAGCACAUUGAUUUCCACGAAAUUCCAGUUAAAGAUCUGAAAUUGAAUCAACUGAAGCUUUUAAUGCUGGAUCAUGUUAGCUUCCGUCAAAAGAAAGAGAAUGUAAAGAAACUCGUCGAAGAUGGUGAUGAAGAAGAGGACUUCAAACCGUUCCCAACAUUGGUUGAAGCGCUGACGAAAGUUGAUGUAGAUGUUGGUUUCAACGUUGAAGUGAAGUAUCCUAUGAUGCAAAGUAACGGAGAACACGAAUGUGAUCACUAUUUCGAGCGUAACGAAUUCAUAGACGUUGUUCUGGCCGAUCUUCUCAACAACGCAGGCAGUAGGAGAAUCAUGUUUUCCAGCUUCGAUCCAGAUAUUUGCUCCUUAAUAUCCAUGAAACAGAAUAAAUACCCUGUGCUGUUCCUUUGUGUUGGAGAGACGCAACGCUAUACUCGAUUCCAAGAUCAACGCAGCAGUACUAGUCUUACGGCAGUGAAUUUCGCUGCUGGGGCUGAUAUUAUGGGUGUGAAUUUCAACUCAGAAGAUCUUCUCAAUGAUCCCUAUCCAGUCAAAAGAGCUAACGACUUUGGUCUAAUCACGUUUGUUUGGGGAGAUGAUCUAGAUAAGAAAGAAAACAUCAAUUACUUCAAAAAAGAGCUCGGUGUUGACGGUCUGAUCUAUGACAGGAUUGGUGAAGAUGAACGCCGUAGGAACGUGUUUAUUGUGGAACGCGAGCAGAAACGUGCACUCUUCAAAAUGAGUUCAGGAACAAACACCCCACAAAGGACCAUCUCUCCGCUGGGUUCGAACAGUUCCCGUUCUUCCCUGGACGAUGCUUUGAUGCUGCACGAUCAUGAUCACGAUACCUUGAAGAGUUAUAAAGGAGUUCCUGUAGAAAUUUCUGGUAAUGCUUCUUUAAAUGGCCUGGAUGUUGCUCCCACGGUGCAGGUCACCCCCUCUUAG